AGAAGAGAGAGACAGAGCUGGAGAAGUCAGAUGAGCAAACGGCGGAUCGCGUGGAUAUUUCUCCCAAAUCUGAUAAUCUUCAGCUAAUCAUUCGUUCUGGUUUUUCAGUUUCAUAAGCUAACAAUUCGGUAGAAGUUGGCUCCUUUUCGGAGAGUAGAAAUUCAAAAUUGGUUGGAGAUUUAGGAAAGUAGUAACCUACUACAGUUUAAUUUGACUUUGAGAUGAAUGGUUACAACAAAGGAGAAGGCCAUGGAUCAGGAAUUUGGUGUUCUGAUGAGGCAACUUCUAGAAUGAGAUAUAACAACCAAACUAUGCCAAGAUUUGCAGAUCUAACUCCAGUCGACAAUGUGAGAGCCAGUGAUAGUUUUCAAAAUUUGAGUCAUGCUGAUGUUAUACCAGUUUCCACCCAUGCAAAUUUUGAUGCAUUAGUCCAAUUACCCGAAGGCGAUUCUGCAGUGGAUCUUGAUUUUAGUGAUGCAGUUCUUAAGUAUAUAAAUCAUAUCCUCCUGGAAGAGGAUUUGGAAGAGGAAACAUUCAUGUUUCGAGGGUCAGCUGCUCUUCAAGCUGCAGAAAAAUCAUUAUUUGAGGUUAUUGAAAAACAAUAUCCUGCAGCCACAGAUUAUCAGUGCAGAUCUAAUUUAGAUAAGAUCACUGAGAAGCCUGAUAAAAACUUGUCUGGGGUAAAUGACUGCAUUGGUUCCUAUGAUUCAGGAACAUUACUUCCUGAUUGGAAUCCUGAUUUUGACUGUGAUGGGCUAAACAUAUGUCAUGAUACUGCCAAAAGAAAUUCACGGUCGACUUCUCAGUCUUCUAAUGCUUCAUCAAGUAGCAGUGGAACCCAAGGUCCCAUAGAUUCUCCUGCGAGCACCCUUAGAAUCCCUGAUAUAUUUGGUGAUAGUCAAUCAGCUAUGCAGUUUAAGAAAGGAUUCGAAGAAGCAAGCAAGUUUCUUCCCAAUGGAAUUAAUUUAGUUGCUGGUUUGGGGCAUGAUAGUCUGUUGCCGAAGGAAGGCUCUCCUGAUCUUUCAGUCAGAGUGGACAAUAAAAUUGGUAAUGAUGAAGUUGUUGAUGUUUUAAGAGGGAAGAAGAAUCCAUACCAUGAAAGCUUAGGUUUGGAAGAGGAAAGGAGUAACAAACAAUCAGCCAUUUUUGCUGAAUCAACUGUGAGCUCAGACAUGUUUGAUAGGGUCCUCCUAUGCAGUGGAGGAAAAAAUGACACCGCCCUUCGUGAAGCAUUGAAUGAGAUAACCCGAAAUGACCAACAGAGUGGUCCAUCAAAGGGAUCUAGUGGUGGAAAAACUGGUGGUAAGAAGAAGCAAGGCAAAAGGAAUGUGGUAGAUAUGAGAACCCUCCUGACUCUUUGCGCACAAGCUGUUGCAGCAGACGAUCGUAGGACUGCAAAUGAACUUCUAAAGCAAAUCAGACAGCAUGCUACGCCAUCAGGAGAUGGAAUGCAGAGACUAGCACAUUAUUUUGCUGAUGGACUUGAGGCACGUAUGGCUGGAUCUGGUACUCAGAUAUAUACAUCCCUCCUUAGUCUGCCUACUUCUGCUGCCGAUGUAUUGAAAGCAUACCAUACAUAUCUUGCUACAUGUCCGUUCAGGAAGAUAACUAAUUUCUUUGCGAAUAAGACCAUCAUGAAUGUCUCUGAGAAAGCCACAAAACUCCACAUCAUUGAUUUUGGUAUUCUCUUUGGGUUUCAAUGGCCUUCCUUUCUUCAAAAGCUCUCGAUGAGACCUGGUGGACCCCCUAAACUUCGUAUCACCGGUAUUGAUUUUCCUUGCCCAGGUUUUCGCCCAUCCAUAAGGGUUGAAGAGACUGGGAGGCGUUUGGCUAGUUACGCUAAAACCUUUGGAGUUCCAUUUGAGUUCCAUGCUAUUGCUCAAAAGUGGGAAACGAUUAAACUAGAAGAUCUUAAGAUCCGGAAAGAUGAGAUGGUGGCUGUGAGCAGUCAUUUUAAUUUAAAGAAUCUGCUGGAUGAAACUGUUGUGGUGAACAGUCCAAGAAAUAUGGUCUUGAACCUUAUCAGGAAGACGAAUCCUGCUGUCUUCGUUCUGGGGAUAAAGAAUGGUGCCUACAAUGCCCCCUUUUUUGUCACGAGAUUCCGGGAGCUACUCUUUUACUACUCAUCUAUUUUCGAUAUGCUAGAUGCUAUUAUUCCCCGAGGAAUUCAUGAGAGAAUGCUGCUUGAGAAAAUAAUAUUUGGGCGUGAGGCAAAGAAUGUAAUUGCAUGUGAAGGUGCUGAGCGGAUUGAGAGACCAGAGACAUACAAGCAAUGGCAGGUCAGACUUAUAAGGGCUGGCUUUGAGCAGCUUCCUCUGGAUGUGGAGAUAACGACAAUGGCUAGAAAUAGAGUUGAAUCAUUAUACCACAAGGACUUUGUGGUAGAUGAAGACAGUCAGUGGUUGUUGCAUGGGUGGAAGGGACGCAUUCUUUAUGCUGCUUCUUCUUGGAGACCUGCUCAUCGGAACUCAAAAAUUGCAUAUACGAUGCCAAGAUAAUCAACCCCUGGCCAUUCCAACUUCUUCAAUACCUUUGGAAUUUGAACUUCUUCCAUUUGUAAGGAUCAUUUCUCCAUCUAUCAACUGGAACGCUACACUAAUUGUAAAUCAUUUUGAGUUGUCUACACUAAUCCAGCUAUCCUGCGCAUUUCAGCUGGGUAAUCUGACUGAAGAACCUCAUUGGUGAUGCACACAUUCGCCCAACACUCGCUGUGCCAACUGCCUACCAGACUUCCAUGUAUACUUGAACGUUCGAGGGUGGCUGAAGUGGAAAACCUUUGACAAUGCUAACAGGUAACAGCUCUAGGAGUUCGUCACAUGUAGUCUGUCGAGAUAAUGCUGUGCAAUAUGAUGUUGUAGAAGGAUUGUUUCGUAUAGUGAUUGUUAGCUUUUACUUUGAUGCACUUGUAACCAGUUUGAUCAUAGAAAUGACAAUGUAGUUUACAUAAUGUGGGAAUUUGUCAUCAAA